ACAAGUCAGUAAGUUCUGCCACUCUGGACGAGCAACAGACCUCUACGCUGAGACACUUCUUCCUCCGGCUGAAGACAAAACCUCUUCACCAUGGGGAGGAUUGGCAAGGAAGUGGCAGCUCAGGUCAUAAGCUUCAUAGGCCUGGUUGGGGUGUCAGUGACCUGUGGGAUCCCCAUGUGGAGAGUGACGUCGUACAUUGGAGCCAACAUCGUGACUGGCCAGGUAGUGUGGGAUGGUCUGUGGAUGAACUGUGUGAUGCAGAGCACAGGACAGAUGCAGUGCAGUCUGAACGAGUCUGUGAUGAGGCUGUCCCCCGAUCUGCAAGCCGCCCGAGCUCUGGUUGUCAUCUCCCUUGUCUUCGGCUUCAUUGGCUUCAUUAUCACCUUCAUUGGAGCCAAGUGCACCGGCUGCCUGAAGAAAGACUCAUCAAAGGCCAAGGUGGUGAUCAUAGGCGGCUGUCUCAUCAUUCUUGCUGCCAUCCUGGUCCUGAUUCCCGUCUGCUGGUCUGCAGCGAUCACCAUCGCAGACUUCCAGAGCCCCUUGACAAUCGAGACGCAGAAGAGGGAACUCGGAGCUGCCAUCUACAUCGGCUGGGCCUCUGCUGCAAUUCUUCUGGUCGGUGGGAUCAUCCUAACCACGUCAUGUCCUCCUCAAAGACGCAUGUAUGGAUACCCAGGAUACCCACCGGCACCAAUGUAUCCUUACGCAGGCCCAGCGACAAACCCUGCAACAUACGGCCGUGUGUAUACUCCCGCAUCCAGCCAACCAUACACAGGGACAGGGACAUACGUACCCAGCAAACCUUAUGCAGCACCGAUUACAUACCCGGUUGGACAGUACCUAUAGACACUGAGGGAACAGUGACAGAGGAUAGAGACUGAGAUUUCUCCCAUGAUGGCUUCAGGAACUUGUUACGCCACUAGAAACCAAAAUUACACCAAAUUAUAUGUAUUUCUAGAGGCUGGUAUGUAUUCCAAUAAACUGUUGGGAUAUAAAAUGAAUUCACUCAAUCACUGUGAUCUUUGAUUAGUCUGAGUCUUUCAUUUUUCUCUUUUGAUUGAUUGAUUGUGCUCUAAAGUAGAAAUCCUUCUCCUUUGUGAAGUCUUGACUAUGAAGAAAUGUUGUGUGUACGUGGCUAAAUGCACGGAGGGCUGCAUUGCUUUCCACGGAAGUCUCUGUAAACAUAUUUAUUUCCUUGUCACACAGAGUCUAUUUUUGUAAAUUAGGAUGAUGUGAUGUGUUUGUUUUCUGUGAAUGUCACUUUAUUUUUGAGAUGAUUCAAAACUGUUUCAAUAAAACGUUUGUAGAAUAUUCA